AUGGUGAGAGACAUUGAAGAAACGGUGGUUUUGAUUGUGGGAGCAGGCCCCGCCGGCUUAGCAACUUCUGCUUGCCUGAAUAAACUCCACAUCCCUAAUGUGUUGUUGGAUAGGGAGGAUUGUUACGCAUCUCUUUGGAAAAAGAGAGCUUACGAUCGCCUUAAGUUGCAUCUGGCCAAGGAAUUCUGUCAUCUUCCUCACAUGCAUUUUCCCUAUUGUACACCCACGUACGUUCCCAAGGAUGAUUUCGUUCGGUACCUCGACAAAUACGUAAAGCAUUUCGGGGUUAGUGCUCGACUGCUUCGAUCCCUUGAAUACGCAGAUUACGACGAGAAGCGAGGGUUGUGGAAUGUGUUGGUUAACAACAUGGUGAGCAAUGUGCAGGAAGUGUAUAAAGCUCAGUUUCUUGUGGUUGCAACUGGCGAAAACGAUGAACCGUUGAUUCCUGAGGUGGCUGGACUUGAGAGUUUCGGAGGAGAAUACAUGCAUUCUAGCAGAUACGUAAAUGGGGAAAGGUUUGCUGGAAAACAUGUGUUGGUUGUCGGCAGUGGAAAUUCUGGAAUGGAGAUUGCUUAUGAUUUAUCUAAUUGGGGUGCUGUUACUUCCAUUUCUAUUCGUAGCCCUGUACACAUACUUUCAAAGGAUAUAGUGCACAUGGGAAUGGUAUUGCUGAAAUUCUUACCGUGCAAACUAGUUGACAAGAUAUGCUUGGCCUCUUCUAAAGUCAAGUAUGGAAGUCUCUCUCCGUAUGGACUCCGGAGACCCGGCAAAGGCCCGUUUUAUAUCAGAGCAGCAGGUGGUCGGAGCCCCACAAUCGACGUCGGCUGUCUUCAAAAGAUCAAGACUGGUGAAAUCGAUGUUCUGCCAUCCAUAAAACGUGUAGAAGGAAACAGGGUUGAAUUCAUGAACGAAGAGAACCUUCUCUUUUUUGAUGCCAUCGUCUUCGCCACAGGGUAUAAAAGCGCAGUAAAAAGCUGGCUUAAGAACGAUGGAGACCUUUUUGGGGAAAAUGGAAUGCCCAAAAGGAUGUUCCCUAAUCAUUGGAAAGGAGAGAAUGGCUUGUACUGCGCUGGGUUUUCAAGGCGAGGAUUGUCUGGUAUUUCGAGAGAUGCUAGGAUUGCCAAAGAUAUUUUAAGCCAGAAUGUAUGA